CACCACAUCUUUAGGGUUUCUGCUCACAUAGAUGACCUGAGAGAUGACACAGAGGAACAGGUUAGAUAUUUAGUACCGUACUUUGUAUAACCUGACCAAUUUUUCAGGCUGAUACUGAUAUCAAUAUAAUUUUUUAAAGAAAUCUAAGCAAGAUACAUACUUGCAGUUACAGGUAGGGUUUAUAUAUACACCAAUACCGACUGUGCGGACCUAAAAAAGCAGAGUGCAGUAACCACAGAUGCAGCUGACCUGAGAAAAAAGGUUUUAAAUUUUUCAGGCUCGAUCGCAAACUGGACAACACAUAGGAGUGCUGUAAGGAUGCAGCUGGAAAAUGAAAAUAGGGUUUGAUGGGUGAAGACUUUUUCAUUCGAAGGAUUUCCUCAGUCUUCAUGUAAGUGAUGGUUAAAGGACAUGCAAGGUAUGUGUUAACCCUAUAAUGGUCUUCUCUACUGUUUGGUAGGGCACUGAAUAAUUCGUACUUAUCUCUUUGACCCAGUAAACUAUGCAUCAUUUACUGGAGACCAUCAUCUUUAUCGUCUAAUUAGAAGGGCCUGAAAGAUAGCAAGUGGGAGCUGAUAGGGGCUAUGUGUCAAAAUCAAGAUAAAUUAAGCUUUACAUGUAUGUUCAAGCAUGAGAAAGAUCAUUAGUCUUUUUAUCAUCAUACAAAGUCUGCAGCUCAUAAUUAUUAUCCAAUGAACUUAAGAAGUUGUCCCUGACUGAGUCAGAAACACUGGUGCGCUUUGUGUACAUGGCAUCAUGAGGUUUUAAAAAAAGGUUUGGAAGAUAGCACUGAUUUAGCCUUCCGCCCCAUGAGGUAAACACAAGAAGGAAACAGAAAAAACAGUGAGAAAAACUUGUAGUAGAAAUAUAUGGUGCUUAUAGGUUUGUACAUACUGUACAACAUUACAUUGCUCCAGGCAACAUUUUGAGGAUAAUCAAUCAAAUCAAAAGAAUCACAACAUGUAGUGCCACAACUUGCUCAAGAUUGGACAAACAAGAGGAGACCAUAGGUGUAUCUAAAUUAAAAGUACAACUAAAGAAAAAGUUUAUUUUACAUUAGUGUAACAAGAAAUACCAAGAAAGACUGACUGACUGCCACCGGGUUUUGGUAGCCAAGUACUCAGAUCAGCUGAGCUGAGUUCUCCUGAUAAACAGACUCAGCCCUCCAACCUUCUGGAAUAAUAUAAUAAUAAGAAUAAUAAUCAUCAUCAUCAUUCUCAUUGCCAUAAUCGUAAUCAUAAUCAUAAUAAUCAGCUACUUCAAUACUUGACCGUGAUAUAAGUCAUAUUGCAUAAACCAUCAUCAGCCUCUGGUUGUUAUCUUGUUUUCUCUUGUUAGCCUAACAACUAUUAUUUUGGAAAAGAAAGGUAAACUUUUACUAUCACUACAGUGUCUUCCAUUAUUAUUUUUUUAACAUACAAAUAACAUAGAAAGAAAAUUAAUCCACAACACUUUUGAUUAUGAACUUCACUUGUUCACGCUUCUCAAAUGUGAAUAUUUGGUGAUCUUAUGAUCUACAUUGAUAGUACAUUGAAAAUUUUGACUUUUGGGUAGUUGGCUUGACAAAACAAACAAAUUAAAUAUUUAAAUCUGGGCUAUGAGAAAUUAUAAAAGGCUUUUUUUUUUUUUUUCUUUUGAUCAUCAAACCACAGUCAUCCUGGAAGAGACCAUUCCCAUCAGGAUGGAAAUGUUUCAUCGAAGGAUAGAGGUGGUCACUCACAACAACUUUGUAUUGAUUUGCAGUGACCCCUACCCUCUAAGGGGAAAUGUGGACCCAAACCAUGCCAGCAACCAAAACCAAAUCAAAAGUAUCGAUUAUGGAGUAUGGCCCUUUCCAGAGCAUUACUUGUUUGAACGACAAUGGAGCUCUAUGACAGAGAGGAAUGAGGUGCAUCAGGCUCUGGUUAUACAGAGAAAACUUUACUCAAGUAGAAUGAGUUCAUUGUUUGUUUUGUCGUUUUCAUGGAACUGAUUGACAAUAAGAAAAAAUGGAAAAUUUGUAAACAUAUACACCAUAAGUGUACACCCUUAUUGUGUAGGGUCUUAAAGCUGUAUCGCAAAUUUUUAAACCAAUUAGGUUUCAGUGAGGAAUUAUAGCACAAAUCUCUCCUAAAUAUACAAGUCUAACUUUAUUUGAAACUUUCAAUCAUAACAUUGUCCAAAGUUUAAGGUGUGAACUUUAGAAAAGCAGUCAAAAUGUACAUUAUACAUUAACCAACAUGUACUGGUUUACUAUUGUAAAAAUGUUGAAGCUACUGUCUGCCAUUUUAUGACUGCUGACGCUGUAAUAAGAAACAGAUUCAAAACAGAGGUGGAGCAAUGAGCAGAGUCAGGAUCAAGAGGCCUCAUCAAAUGGAGACCGACUGACAGCCAGAAUGAGAAUCUGAAAGAAACUGCACAGAUGCAAACAAUCAAACAAACUAAAAAUUGGUAACAGAGACAAAAUAUGUUCCAGUAGCAGUUAGUAGAAUCAGGAUGCUCAGAAGGUAAGGAAAGAUCAAGUUGUACAAUCUUGAGAUUGGGCUAAAACGGAGGACAGUUUAGGGACACAAAGGAAAAGAAGAGCAGUGCAUUUAAGAGUGUGUAAAAGUUUAAGAAAUGCUGUCCAAGGUUAUCUGUGCUGUGUAUUUGGCGCUAUGGGUCAGAACUUGUGCCUUCACCUUGGCUGCGGACCCGCACAUGACCAGAGCUCUGAAGCUCAUGUCCGAGACGCCGCUCAUUGAUGGUCAUAAUGACCUGCCUUGGCAAUUUCGACAGCAAUUCAACAAUGAGCUCAACAAAGUGGAUCUUAACACACUUGAAACAACACACACCAACAUCCCUAAGAUCAAGGAGGGACGGCUGGGAGCACAGUUCUGGUCGGCCUAUGCUCCCUGCGAAGCUCAGUACAAAGAUGCCGUCAGACAUACACUGGAGCAGAUAGAUGUGGUUCACAGGAUGUGCCAGAAAUACCCGGAAACCUUCAUUUUUGCCACCAGUAGCCAAGGCAUCAUGGAUGCCUUCAGCAAGAAAAAGACAGCCAGUCUGAUCGGGGUGGAGGGGGGUCAUUCCAUAGACAGCAGUCUGGGCACCCUUCGCACCAUGUACCACCUGGGUGUCCGCUACCUCACUCUCACACACUCCUGCAACACACCGUGGGCAGAUAACUGGCUUGUUGACACUGGAUCAGAGCCAUCUGAACACCAUGGCCUGUCUCCAUUUGGCAAGAAACUAAUUGUGGAAAUGAACCGUCUGGGGAUGCUGAUCGACCUGUCUCAUGUGACUGUUGCAGUCAUGAACCAGGUGCUGAACCUGUCCAAAGCUCCUGUCAUCUUCAGCCACUCCUCUGCUUAUAGCAUCUGUCCAAAUAAAAGAAACGUCCCGGAUGAUGUCCUCAAGAGAGUCAAUGAAACUAGGGGAAUCGUCAUGGUGAACUUCUACAAUGACUAUGUGACCUGCAGCGAGACUGCAAAGCUCUCAGAUGUUGCUGAUCACUUUGACCAUAUAAAAAAAGUGGCCGGGGUGGGUACCAUCGGUUUUGGUGGAGAUUAUGAUGGCGUUACCAGACUACCAGAGGGUUUGGAGGAUGUGUCCAAGGUGCCCAACCUGGUGGCUGAACUGCUGAGGAGAGGAUGGACUGACGAGGAGGUCAAAGCUGCUCUGGGAAAUAACUUGCUGCGGGUCCUGAGAGAGGUUGAGUUGGUCCGUGACAGUCUGGGCAGCAUGAGUCCAGAUGAUGUUCCUAUUCCAUAUGAGGAGGUGAAGAACCCGUGUAGGACGAGCUAUGGAUACCGCAGCGCCGGAGCCGUCCAUUCACUGAGCACACUGGCCUUGCUGCUCACAUUGGCUCUUCAGGCUCUCGUCACAUUAACAGCUUUAUAAGCCGCUUAUCAGCGCAAGGGAU